CCCCCCGCCCCGCGGCCCCCGGCCCGGCGGGGCGGCCCCGGCUCCACGGCGCCCGGCGGGAGCGCAGGAUGCCCCGGGAGCGGGCUCUGUCCCACCAUGUCGGUCUCCAAACUGCAGGACGGGGAUGAGGUUUUUGAUUUUACCGCUGUGGUUCCAGAGACGCCGCGCCUGGACAGCAGCCUGCAGAAGGCCCGCGCGCGGCUCCUGGCCAAGGGACGCCGGCACCGGCCAUCGCGCUCCCGCCUGCGAGACAGCGCCAGCUCCACCGAGGGCGACGAGGGGCCCGAGGCGGGGGGAGCUGAGGGCGACGGCGCCCCGGCCCCCUCGCCCUUCUCCUUCGAGGCGGGGGCGUCGCGGCGGGCGCUGGGGGAGCCCCUCGCCCCCUCGCCCCCCCUCAGCCGGUACCGGCCCCUCACCGAGGCCUCGUCCCAGGAGGGGCUGGCGGGCACCCCCUCGCCCAAGUCCUGCCACAGCUCCGACAGCUCGCCCGGCUUCGCCCGCCGCGACGCCUGGCCCCAGCGGCACAGCGAAGACGACAGCCGGGACAUGAGCCCCCCCGAGCCAGCCAGCCCCACCGUGGGGCUCGACAGGAAAACAAGGAGGAAAUUCUUGGAUUUGGGGGUGACCCUGCGCCGGGCGUCCUCCAGCAAGAGCCGGAAGGAGAAGGGCAGCAACCGCCUGUCCAUGGGCAGCAGGGAGGCAGCCGAGGGUCCCAGCCGCCCCUCGGGGUCCCCCUUCCUGCCCUUCUCCUGGUUCUCAGACGGUGCGAGGGGCUCGGCAUCCCCCGGCUCGUCGUCACCCACUGUCUCACCCCGGCAUGAGGGGCUCAGCCCUGCCAAAUCCGCCUCCCAGGACUCGACACUGAGUGAGGACUCCCCGACGCCCAGCGCCAGCCCGCGCCUGCCUGGCCCCACAGCCACCAGGUGCUCCUACCCCUACCACACUCUGUCCCAGUCCUCGGAUGAGUUCCUGGACGAGCCCCCCGGCGCAGCCGUGGGCUGGACGUGCCAGCAGGUGGGACAGUGGUUGGAGAGCCUCAACCUGGAGCGCUACGCCGAGGAGUUCUCCGCCCACGGUGUCGAUGGUCCCCGGCUCCUGCACCUCGACGGUGCCAAGCUCAAGGCGCUGGGCGUGGGCAGCUCCCAGGACCGUGCGGUGCUGAAGCGGAAGCUGAAGGAGCUGAGCUUGGCUGUGGAGAAGGAGCGCAAGGCCCAGGAGAAGGCAGAGAAGCAGCGGGAGAAGCAGAAGAAGAAGGACCAGGAGCAGCGGCGGAGCUAAGGGGGGGCUGGAGCACCCCUGCACCCCCUCCCCACCCACAGACCCCAGACAAGCGCCCGGCGCCGGCACAGGAUGCGGUGCCGUGAUGGCGCUGCCAGGCUGGGAUAAGAACAGAGUGGCAUGUGCCUCCCCCCCAGCCGCCCCCUCCCUGCCUGCACCCCUGCACCUCACGGGCACAGCCUGGGCCCCCUGGGCCCACUUUCCGGAUGCAAAUGGCACAGUGGACCCCCGUCCCUGUCCCAUCACCCCCUGAGGGGCUCACAGCCACCCCCCACCCAUGCCCCCCAGCCCGGGGAGUGUACAGCCUGACCCCCCCGACACACACAGCCCCCCUUCGGGGUGCAGGGAGUGAACUCUGACCUCCAGCCCCACAGACGGCGCCCCAG